AGUAGAAAUAGGAGGCGUCAACAACAUUGAUGUUGGUUGCUGAACUUCAGCAAAAUGCGGCUUUUAUUUGGCGGAGGCAUAAUUAUCAGCCUUUUGUUUUGGGUGCCCAAUGCAAGUGGACACAACUCCUCCAGUUGUGACCAAUGGCAUCAUGUGGCCGCCAACUCCACCCAGUCGGUGCGGGGCCUGAAUAUGACCUGUGUGCGGAACAGAACAUGCACGGGCAUCACCUGUACAGGCAUCUACCAUUACAAGAUCCCAGCUGUAGCUGCCAGGAAUGUGGACUUCUGCUUUGGCUUCCGCCUGAACCCCUGUGACUCGCCAGUCACUGCGGACAUUUAUCUACAGGUCCCUGAGAAGCCUGUGUCCUAUGUAGUCCGCACCCAUAAUAGUCAAAACAUCCAAGUCCCCAAUCUGUCGUAUCGGUUGAUAACUGACUUUGUCACAGCUGAUGUGUUCCUGGAUGUGACCAUGGGAACACCCGCCCACAACCGUGUAGAAUUUGGGGUGGAUCUCACAGUCAGGGCCGACUACACCCUAGCAGAGACUUGGCCUGAGGGGCUGAAAAGAAGCCUUGUUCCUUUACAGCAGCUGUUACUGGACUGUGAUCACCCCACGUCCCCUCCCCAACAGACUCCUGCUCUGACAGUGGGGCAGUGCAUCCCUCCAGGUCAGUCCACAACCCCCAAACCAAUGGUAACCACACGUCACCCUCAUGCCGAGGCCGCGAAGCCAGGUCAUUCCACUCCACCUGUGACAAGUACAACAACUUUACCCCAACCUCUAAUCACAGGCAGCGGUGUCAAAUGUAACUCUGAAAUGAUCAGCUCCUGUCCCCCAAAUGAGAUGUGUAAAGGUAACAUCUGCGUGUGUCUGCCAGACUAUGCGGUCGAGUCAGGGGCAUGUAAACAAUACUCAACAACAGCAGCUACUACCAAGCCUUCACCUACCAGGCAGAAGUCAAGUAACAGUAAGUCAGUCUUGACAUACAGUCAUUUCAUACACGUGUAGUAGAGAGAGGGUCGUGGGUUUUAUAGUGGUUAGAGGCAAUUGUUUUUCAAUCAUGAAGAGACAGGAGGUGUGGGUUCAAACCUGACCUUGGACAGGGAAUUUGUAAAUUC